AUGGCCAACCCUUGGCAGUCGGACACGUAUGACUUUGCAUUCGACCUUGGCAGCUCGGAUCGCUUGCUGACGCUGGCGCAGGGCACGGGCCACCUCUCUCAUGCGGAGGUGGAAGAUGCGCUUGCGGGGCAGCCGGGAACAGCGCAGAGCAGAAGACAGGCUGAGCAUCCAUCAUUGGAGAUGAUUGAAAAGACGGAGAGACACCUCCAAUUGUUGGAGCGGCUCCACACUGCAAAGUUAGAAGCUGCGCACCAGGAGAACAGCUCUCGCUUUGCUCGCCUUCUCUCCCCAGAAGCCCUCGAGGGCAUGCAAGGGAAGGUUGAUUCGCUGUCGGAACACCUGAGCAUGCUUGUAUCGAGGAAAGACGCCAUUCGCACCAAGCUCGCGAAACAACCCAGCAACUUCAUCGACCUCCCCGUACACCUCCACCAGGCCAUGAUUGACCUUGCCAAGUCCAUCCUGAGAGACCUGCACCACUUUCGCCAAACGCUCGCCCAAGUCCAAGCUGCCAUGUCCUUUCCCGUCAGUGACACUGUCAAGGUAGCAUAA